GAGCCCUCAUUUCCGACCAGCCUGGCACCCCUGCCCACCGCAGCCAGGAUGCCAACGAGGCGCUGGGCCCCCGGCACCCAAUGCAUCACCAAGUGUGAGCACACGCGCCCCAAGCCCGGGGAGCUGGCCUUCCGCAAGGGCGACGUGGUCACCAUCCUGGAGGCCUGCGAGAACAAGAGCUGGUACCGAGCUAAGCACCACGCCAGCGGGCAGGAGGGGCUGCUUGCGGCCGGGGCGCUGCGGGAGCGCGAGGCCCUCUCCGCGGACCCCAAGCUCAGCCUCAUGCCGUGGUUCCACGGGAAGAUCUCCGGCCAGGAGGCCGUGCAGCAGCUGCAGCCGCCCGAGGACGGGCUGUUCCUGGUGCGGGAAUCGGCGCGCCAUCCCGGGGACUACGUGCUGUGCGUGAGCUUCGGCCGCGACGUCAUCCACUACCGCGUGCUGCACCGCGACGGCCACCUCACCAUCGACGAGGCCGUGUGCUUCUGCAACCUCAUGGACAUGGUGGAGCAUUACAGCAAGGACAAGGGACCCAUCUGCACCAAGCUCGUGAAGCCCAAGAGGAAGCAAGGCACCAAGUCCGCGGAGGAGGAGCUGGCCAAGGCCGUCCUGCAGGGCGAGUACUUGGGGCAGAAGGUGGCGGUGAAGAACAUCAAGUGUGACGUGACGGCCCAGGCCUUCCUGGACGAGACGGCGGUGAUGACGAAGCUGCAGCACCGGAACCUGGUGCGGCUUCUGGGUGUGAUCCUGCACCAGGGGCUCUACAUCGUCAUGGAACACGUGAGCAAGGGCAACCUGGUAAACUUCCUGCGCACCCGGGGUCGGGCCCUUGUGAACACCACGCAGCUCUUGCAGUUUUCUCUGCACGUGGCCGAGGGCAUGGAGUACCUGGAGAGCAAGAAGCUGGUGCACCGGGACCUGGCCGCCCGCAACAUCCUGGUCUCCGAGGACCUGGUGGCCAAGGUCAGCGACUUCGGCCUGGCUAAGGCCGAACGGAAAGGGCUGGACUCGAGCCGGCUGCCGGUCAAGUGGACGGCACCCGAGGCGCUCAAACAUGGGAAAUUCUCCAGCAAAUCAGACGUGUGGAGUUUCGGGGUGCUGUUGUGGGAAGUCUUCUCAUACGGACGGGCUCCAUACCCUAAAAUGUCCCUCAAGGAGGUGUCAGAGGCUGUGGAGAAGGGGUACCGCAUGGAGCCCCCCGAGGGCUGCCCAGGCCCCGUGCAUGCCCUCAUGGGCAGCUGCUGGGAGGUGGAGCCCGCCCGCCGGCCGGCCUUCCGCAAAGUGGUGGAGAAGCUGGCCCGGGAGCUGCGGGGCAUGGGCGCCUCGGCCACGGUCACAGGGCAGGAUGCUGACAGCUCCGCUGCCACCCGAAGCCAGGAUCCCUGACCCCGUCCUGUGGGACCAAGGGGACCAAGAAUGUGGAGACCACAGGACAAGGACUGGACCAGGCCAAAGGAGGGUCCACAGGCCAGAGCCGCCCUCCCAGCCCCAGGCAGGGCAGACCUGGCCAGGGGAUCUCUAGGCACCACAGACCAGGAAGUGGGGGGCCAUUGCCUCCAUA